GACUGUAGGCCCUGCUGACGGGUCAUCAUUUCUUCGGCCUUACUACGAUCCUUCAAUAACUCUCCUCCACCGAACUAAUUUCACCGUAUAUUCUGGCUGAAUGCCUGUGAAUGAUAUUGAGAAGAAAAAAGUGUAGCUCAAUUCUGCGUUUAAGAUACUUACGUCUGCUGCUAACUCUUAUCAAAAGUACUCCAGUUUUGCUUCAUUUAGCUAGUCUCAAACAACCUGUCAAGGCCACUCUAGAGAUUUGGUGUCCUUCAGAUAUAGCUAUCAAAUACUGUCCACAAUUAAAAUUUGUUCACGUGAGAAACCUACAUACACGAAAAGGUGUUCUUCGCAAAGCUCGGAUUCGUGAGUCUGACAUAGUAGCUAUUGAAGUCUGUACAGAUAAAAAUGUCAGAUAAUUCAUUCCGACUACUAGGUGAUACUCCACCCGUGCCUCCAAAAAAGCGUGCUCGACUUGAUUUAUCAUCUGUCUGCUCUACUAAUACCUCAACAGACUCUAUCUCUUUCUGCCCCGAAAAUAUGCAUUUAGUUUCUGUGCUUCGGAAUGAUCCUCGCAGCAAGUGUUUGGUUCUUCACACUCGUUUUGGCGAUGAUUUAAAGGAAGCCAUUGUAACACUCCAAAAGUCAUCAUUUCCAAACGAUGCUGACACUUUAAAACGUUGCAAAGUAGUUAACAAACUGAUCGUCCAUAAGGAAGAUAACAAUGAAGACAGCUGCCUUAAACAAGACGAAUCAGUGAAUAUUGAAGAAAAUAACUCUUUUCCUGAAUGGCAAGCCAAAUCAAUUAUGAGUAAUGAUGUGUACCAUCGCUUCCUUGUAACAAAUGGUUUGGAAUCAGUUAACGGUGUUGAUAUGACUGUAAUUUAUCCUGCUGAGUCACAUCACUUUGCAAAAUUUACCGGUUCUGGUCGUCAUAUCAUUCAGGAAACUCCAGAAAUGUUUAAAGACGUUAUUCUCCCUUUCUUGUCUGAAAAGCCUAAAGAUCUCACUUGGAUUGAUAAUAUAAUAGCAGGAACUGCUGAACAAGACCGUGUUCUGUACACUGAUGUAAAUGAAGAGUAUGGUUUCACACUAGUACUGGACUAUCAGUGGGAUGGAACACGCUUGCAAGAACUCCAUUGCCUAGGUAUUGCUCAUAAUGAAAAGCUAACAUGCCUACGUGAUCUACGUCGUUGUCAUGUUCCAAUGUUGAAAAAGAUUUUGCAGCAGGGUCGCAAUCUGCUUUCUGAUAAAUACAGCAAGCCGAAUGUUUCCGAUAAUCAAACGUGCCAUAAUGAUCCCAAAGUUCGUCUAUCAAAAGAUCAAAUUCUUGCAUAUUUACAUUAUCCACCAACUUUCUACAGGCUUCAUGUUCAUUUCAUGCAUGUAGAUUCAGGAGAUAGUGGCACUAUCGCAGGCAGAGCCCAUAUACUAGAAGAAAUUAUCCGUAAUCUUGAACAAGAUGAUUUUUAUUAUACUAACCGUACAAUCACUAUCUUUUCACAUGAUCAAAGUCCUAUGUACAAAGCUAUUUGUGCAAGUCGUCUCCUAGAAUCUACUGAAGAUUCAGUAACUGAGUAAAUUAUGUUUCUUGAUAAGAACUGUGUAAGAUUUAAUACAAAUAUAUAGUUUGUUGUACUGUCUC